CCAAUGUUCUCAGGAAGUUAAUGUAUCUGGAGUAAACAUUUUUCCCCUUCCAACUCUUUCGUCGAAUUUUGCUUUACAAAUUAUACUCCGGAUAUUUGUAUGAUCUGGAACAAAAAGAACUUAAAGAACUUUGUUUCAAUAAAAGGAAUUAGCGGAUUACACAUGGAAAGUGCGUUUGGCCUGGAUUAGAAUUCUCUACACUGCAAGGUUAGUUACAUUUUAUCAUUACAAGAGGGAUGUCGUGACACUAAUAAAAAUGUGUUUAUAUAGAAUCAAUAUAGACCAUAAAAUAUUUAUUAAAUACUUUUUUUUGCAUCAAAAUAUUAGCUGUGUGGCAUAUCGUAUAAAUGAGAAAUUAUAAGCUGUAGAUAAUGUCUCUACUUGUAGGUUUUAUACCGUUGACAGACUGCUAUAAUAAUGGAUAACACUCCAAUUCUGUGCAGUUAUAUUAUAGAUAUCUUUACACAAAUAUUAAUUGAUGACACAGUUAGAACUCAUUAAUAAUAACUCUUAGAAGUUACAUAGAUUUUGUCAUAAGAGCUUAACUAGUUAAGAAUUACAGAAAUAUUUUAUUAUGUGUUCUUUUAAUUAGUGAUUACUCGAGGCUAGAAUUUUCUGUUUGAUUUACUUCUAAAUUGACCUAUGUUUCGCUUCUUACGCCUACUGGGUUGUAAUGAGGGUUCGAGAAGGAUAUAGGCUGUUUAAAUAGAAGCAUUUUCAGGUCGAGGUAAUAGAAAAUUUCUAGUAUCCUUGCGUUUUACUAGAGUCUGAAGGUGAUUUUAGAUUCCUUAUACAUUGCAAAAUAGUCAAUACAUCUCUAGGUAAAAUCAGUGAUUAUUUAGCAUAGGAAUCUGUUUAUCUAGUUUUUUUUUUUAGUUUUCAUAUUUUCUAUUUAGACGGAUUUACUCAUCGAAAUCUUUCACUUUUAAUUUAACGUAAUCAACUAGAAUUGAGGAGAUUAGUAUUUGCGUCUAAUCUACCUAUUGGACUUAUAAUACAAAUGAAUUUCUUUCAUAUAAUAGAAAUAAUUUCUAAAAGACAUUUCUAUUUGAAUUCAACUAGGAUAAAAAGAGAAGAGUUGUUUGACAGAUAAUAAAUUGGUGGGAGAAUCUCAUUUAACCUAAUCUGCAAAUUUAGCCAAAGAAGUUUCUAUGACCCAAUUUGCAUAAUGAAGAAACUGGUCACACGAUGUUUUUUUUGAUGUUAGCAAUGUUGCCGUCUCUUGCGCAAUUUUUCCUUUUGGAUGCUAAAUGAAAAUUACAGUGUUAUAUAGUUGUAAGGGAGUUUACAGCCGAACCAUGUUAGUGGUUUGAUACAAAUUGUAUAUUAAAUAUGCAAGGGAGAAUAAUUACAACUAACACACGCUGGUUACGCACAGUUGCAGAGAGAAACGUGAUUCGCUCGCACCAGACGUUUCAAAAUAUACAGCAAGAUAAUGUUGCAAAUGAAAUAGUGGACGUUUUCACUAGGAAUAAGAUUUUUAACAAGAAUUCAUAAACAUAUUAUCGUAUCUAAUUCUAGUAAACUACCUGAAUUAGCUAUACGUUGAAGUAAAUUAUGAAAACCUUUACAUGAACCUAUAUCCGAUCUUUUAAUGAAUCUGUUAAAAACGUUCCUUUAUCCUUUAGCAUUGUAUACCAUAUGUGAAAUCUCAUUUAAGUUGUUUUUAAAGGUUUUGUUAUUUUGCAAUAAGUAUAUUUUCGCUUUAAUAAUAAGGACUAAAAAACGUACUAGAAGGUAAGAGAUCAUUAAUAUAAUUAUUAUAUACUCUUUUAUAUGUUUCAAUUUAGUUCUAAAAUAUGGAUAAGCAAUUAGAACAUAUUUUGCUGAGACGGCUAAAUUGAAUACUGAACACUGAACGGUAAAUGCUGCUUUUUUAAAAGUACCUAACCAAUUACGGAGCUUUUUCUAUUUCACUGAUAUGUUGUUACGGAGGAUAAUUAAAUCGGCCUUCACGAGAUCGUACAUAACGAUCACAGCUAAAAAUACUCGUGCUACUUAGCUACCGACAAUGUCAAAAUUAGUAGGGUGCCAAUAGAUCAUUUGUAAGGAGAAAUAAUCUACAGUAGUUUACCCCUAUCAUCACUUAACGAAAGUGCUAAUAUCUAAAAAGAAGUAUAACACAGUUUACUAUAUGUUUAGGUUGAUAAUUGGAAACAAGGUUUUAACAGCGACUUAUUUUUUAAUGAAUAAAAAGUAAUUUACUUUUUUUUAUAUAAUAUAAGUCCAGUAUAUAAGUAGACUUUGUGUUUGGUAAUGAAAAGCUUGUAUUUUGUACAAUGAACUUUAAAAUUUAAUAACUGACGUAUGGUAUCUCAUUUUUGUAUUGAAAGAACAAAUUAUAAUUUUAUUAAUUCACCUCAUUUCAUGAUGGUUUACACUUCUCUUUAUGAAAAUAACAGAUUAUUCUAUUAUAAAAGCGACUUUAGUGUCUGAAUGCGUAAUAUUGCUAAAGUACUUUACAUAGCGGUUCACUUGCGUUUUUUCUUUUAUAAAAUGCAAUGAAUUAUAAUUGCUGGCUGAACAGUAACGCAUAUUUUAAAGUUAUUGAACGCUUGAUUUUAUUGUGAAAUGUAGACUACGACUAUUGGAUAACUAGAGCCAAGUUUUUUUCUCAGUCGUCUUCUAUCCAGUGUGCUUAGGCUUAUAUAUAAAAGAUUGAGAACGCUUUUCGAGUCGCUGUUGCAGACGAUAUUUCUAAAGAAAGCCUACCUUAUUUCUGUUUCAGCUAUGGGCGUUAGUCAAUCGUCUGUUAGCGGUAGAGUUCAAAACUUUUUUAUUGGGACUGAACUGGAUAACCGUCGUCAUCCACAUUAUACGAAGAAAGCAGGGAAACUGCAAACUCUUAGGAAGAAGGUGCUUCGAGUGAAACGCUCCUCCCGGUCAUUCGACUAUGGAAAGGCUGUGAAAGAAUUGACUAAUGGAUGGUGUACGAAAAAUAUUCAAGAAUUGCUAAACGUUUUUAAUAGCUUGAAGGAGUUAAAAGAAGUCACUCUUCUUGCUCAGAGUGCGAGACCGUUAUCAUCGUCUCUAAGGGAUAAUCUGGAAAAUUUAUACAAUAGGAAGUACUGCGCAGAUGUUCAGCUUAUGUAUGACGGUGAAAUUUUUUCCGCACAUCGGUCAAUACUAUCCUCGAGAUGCCAGUACUUCCGCAAUUUAUUUUCUAAAUAUAAGAGAUUUGAUAGGCCAAUACCAAUCGAUAUAAGGACGCUGGGCGUCGACGCUGCUCUAUUUGGCGAUUUAUUGCGAUUUCUUUACACGCAAUAUUUGGAUAUUGGUAACGAUUCAUCUAGACCGGUUAUAGAAAAGCUUAAGCAUGAGUUUGGUAUGCCGAAUCGCCUCGAAGACGACUUAAGAGCACUCUUAACUAGGGAUAUUAGGGAUUACGAUUGUGUUUUGGUAUUUUCAACGUCCAAUUACCUAAAUUCAUUGGGUGAUGCAAGAAGUGACAUUGAAGAGUACAGAUGCCAUAAAGCUUUAUUGGCCUCCCGAUCGCCUUUCUUUAGAAAUGUACUGGAAAAGCGCAGACGAAAUUAUCCGGAAAUAAUUCAGCUGGACGAGGCUGUUAUACCUCGGAUAUACGCUCGAACUAUUCUUCAUGCAAUUUAUACGGACAUUCUUGAUACCACACUCAUUCCGAACAUCCCUCAGUCUUCUUUAGCCGACGCUAAUGCUUUAGCAAAUUCCGAAAGAUCGAAUCUUCCAACCCAUGUUCGACAUACGAUUGACCUGUACCAGAUAGCCAGAUUUAUAGAAUUUGGUAAGAUGGCAGAAAAUUGCGAGAAUCUCAUCUGGCAAGCGGUGAACGUGGAGACUUGCUGUGAAAUAAUUAAUUGGGCUCGUAUGAAGCACGGAUCGAAAUGGGUUUUAAGGCAGUGCGAAGUGUUUGUGCAAGAAGAAUUUUCCCAGUUAGUUCAGUCUGGUGUUUGGCUGGAUUUGGACGAAGAGACGGUUAAGAGUGUUUUAACGUCAGACUUUUUGCAAGCGUCCGAGGGCGAAAUCCUAUCUGCCGUAAUUAAAUGGGGCGAACAGCAAUUGAUUAAAAGAAUAGAGGAACGAGAACCGAAUCUCCUUAACCAUACAACUCAUAGUGUUUCGAAGAAAGGUGUAAAACGACGAGAUUUAGAUGACACCGAGUUAAAAUCUAUAAUUUCUGAACUGUUAUCGUUAGUUCGCUAUAAUUUUAUUACUUCAAGUGAUAUGGAAACUCUUCUGGCGGCCGACAAGAGGGGAUUGGUAAUGCCAUCUAGUUGCCGAGGUGUUGAUUUAUUAAACUAUAGUACGGGUAAAGGAUGGAUUGAUCUUAUUCAGCAUCCAGAGUAUAGACGCUAUCCUAGAUGUUUCCAGCCUUAUAUUGACGAAUUGCAGGCGGUUCUUGAGGAAAAAAUGACCGAAGACGACUGGAGCGUUAGUAGUAUUUCUGUUACUUCCAAUUCAACAUUUAGUAAACCAGAUAUUGUGUCUGACACUAUGCCCCUACCGGGCGAGAGUACUUUGAACAGAAUGGAAAAAAGAUUAAAACAGAUUGAAGCCAAUCAUAGACUAUAUUAUGCUCAUUCAAACUUCAUAAAUGCGGAAUGUCUUAGACAAUUUGAAUUAAGAGUUGUUAGAGAAUUUGGUUUACCAGAUUCAUCAGUGGACCUCUUGAAGAGCCGAAAUGUUUCAACGCCUCCACUUGCUCAGGGCAAGUUUGUUGUUGCAAGAUCCAAUCCAAUCCAAGCAACCAAAACUCCCGAAGCGCCUUGCAACAGUGAAGAGUUGCCUGACGUCGCUCGUCUAAAUGUAAAUCGAACCAACGAACUCGACUUCGUAGGAACGCCAUCGUAUUACUUUUGAUUUCCGUUCUUCAAUUAAAAAAUUAUGACUUUUAAUUAAUGGUUAUUUUAUAUAUAAAUAUAUCGAAUUCUAUUUAAAUUUAAUUCAAUUAUAUUUUUCUCUCGUUCAUCUAAACUUUUCAAAAUCGAUUUCUAACAGAUCGCAAUAAAAAGAAACGAAUUGAAUAGCAAUUUUAAAAGUUUGUAUUGACCAUGUGACUGACGUAUUUAAGAAACUUCUUUGUUUUAUAAACUUGCAAAGCAAGUAAAGUAUUACAAGUCUAAGAACAUCAUUCUAGGAUCCUCUACAGCACUCUUUAUCUUUUUCAAGAAUGUAACGCCCUCUCUUCCAUCGAUGAGUCUGUGAUCGUAUGUUAAGGCAAUGUACAUCAUUGGCCUUAUCUCAACUUUUCCAUCAACGGCUACAGGCCUCUGGAAGACUCCAUGCAUUCCUAGAAUGGCAGAUUGAGGAGGAUUAAUUAUUGGUGUACCAAACAUUGAACCAAAGACCCCGCCAUUGGAAACUGUAAAUGUUCCACCUUCCAUAUCUUCUAUAGCUAAAGCGCCUGUCUUUGCUUUCUCCCCCAGAUCAACAAGUGACUUUUCUAUAUCAGCAAACGACAUAGAUUCAACAUUUCUAACAACAGGCACAACAAGGCCCUUAGGUGUUGCUACUGCCACGGAAAUAUCUACAUAGUCUCUGUAAAGAAUAUGAUUAUCAUCAAUAACAGCAUUCACUACAGGUUGAUCGGUCAAGGCGUAAGCAGAAGCUUUUAAGAAUGCUGACAUAAAUCCUAGUUUGAAACCGUGCUUCUUCUGAAAAGCUUCUUGAUAUUGCUUACGAAGUGAUAUUAUGUUUGACAUAUCAAUUUCAUUGAAAGUUGUCAGCAUGGCACAAGUAUUCUGAGCUUCCUUUAGUCUUUGGGCAAUUUUCAGCCGCAUACGAUUCAUUUUUACCUUCUUUUCCGAUCUCUUUUCGUUUGAGAGUGAGAAUGCAUUAAACUGAGCUUCUUGAGCUUUGACACUCUCUGCAGGCUUUGAAGAUAUCGGUUGACUAGGAACUUGCGGAACCUAUUUGAAUUCAAUGUUUAUCAUUUUAACACGGUUAUUUCAUAAUUACCGGUGGAGGGGUCGUCGGUAUUGGCGUAGAGUCGGGGAUAGACGAAGUCUUUGGAGGUUCUUCUGUAGCUUUCGGCGAUGAAGGUGAUGGUGGCGGUGGCGGUGCUGCUGCGGCAGGUGGGGGUGCACCUGCUGCACCUUCCUCAAUUAUACAAAGAUCACCUCCAGGAGAUACCGUAUCUCCACUUUCAACAAUAAGCUUUUGCAGCAAUCCAUUAUAGGGUGACUUAAUUGGGAUAUUUGC